AUGUUCAUGCGCUCGUUUCGAAGCCGCGACGCCAGCGCCUCCCAGCGGGAGGUUGCCUCGACGACGAUGGAUUCGCAGCAUCGUGUGGACAAGUCUGCGAGGCUGAUGAGGAAGGGGUCAGUGCGGGAUCCCCAGAAAGUGUCGAAAUUGCAAAGGUCGCUCAACAGCGAGGAUGCCUCGCGCAUGCAGUCUGCGCAGGCGAGGAUCACUAACAAGUCCCUCGCACCCUCGCCCAUUAUCACGAUGGUGGUGGGCCAGGACUCGCGACUCUUUGCAGCGCACGAAGAUGUGCUGCGCCAGGCACCUUUCUUCGACAAGGUCCUGAACGGCAACUUCGUCGAUGCGCAGAAUAAGAGGAUCUCUCUCCCGGACGAGGAACCGGAAGUCUUCAGCGCGAUCCUCGAGUAUCUUUACAAGGGUGACUACUACCCCCGCUUGUUGCACAACAAGUCCCGCAACUCUUGGGAACUCGAGGACUCACUCCCCCGUCGAGCUACUCCCCACAACUCCCCGACGGUUCACGAAUCACCCAAAAUCGGAGGUGGUCGCGCAGCACAUACACCACAGACCCCUUCGGCUGUCGAGGCGACCGUGUACCUCCCGAGCGUCGGCCAGCAUGUGCUCCGCGACACUGUCAUCUACUGCGCCGCGGAGCGCUACGGGCUGGAGGAGCUCAAGAGGCUGGCGCUGCGGAAGCAAGGAUUGCAGUCCGGCAUCGACGUCGGCACGAUUCUCCGUAGCGCGCAAUACUGCUACGCAAACACGCCCGACUCGGACAGCCGGCUGCGCGCUCAUUACCUGGCGCUCAUCAUCCGGUGCCGCAAGACCUUCAAGCGCAGCGGCACCAUGCAGGCCGAGAUGGAGAAGUCCGGCAGCGGCGUGUACGGCGAUGGAAGUGGGAAGCUAUUCUUCGACCUGUUCGUCGCCAUGUGCAACCACCUCGACGACGUCAUUGAGGCGAGCAAUGCGCGGACCCCAAAGACGAUUUGA